AUGAUCAUAACAACAGUUCACUCUUAUGUCGUAAUAACUGUAGAUUUUGUCUUAAAGAGCGACGACGACACUUGUUUGCCUAUCACAAUGCAAGCGACUUCCGUCAUAGUGUUUUCUAUCUGUUUAUGCUAUAUCGAGAGCUUUCCCGCAGACGCUAUGAUCGGUAUAGAGUUUCCUGGCACAGAAAGAAAUGAACGUGAUGCCGUAGAACCGAAAUUGAUCGGAGUACGCGAUUUUAAUGGUUUGUAA